AUGGCGACCAAGGACGCGGUAUACAUCGUCCUGGAUGGGCUCAUUGGCACGACGCAUGAUCGCAUCCUGUACACAUACAUCAACCAGCAAGGUUGGGAGCCCGUGUACUCUAUCUUGGCGGACAUUCAAAAGUACACGACGUUGCCCGACCGCGCCACGCGCCAAGCCCACGCGGAAUACAUGGUCCAAACAUUCCUCGCCAAUCCCGAUCCCGUCGUGGUGUCGCAUUUGCACCUGACGGACGACGAGGGUUCGCCAGGUGUCGUAUUCCAAUCCGUGCUCGACGCCGUUGCGGACAACACGUGCACGUUGGACAUGUGGAGUUCGCUCGAGAGCCGAUUGAAGCGAUCGCUUGACUGGACCGGGUUCUUCAGAUCUGACAUGUUCGGCGACCUGUGCAACGCGAUCCGCGAACGUCAUCCCAUGACACUGCACGAUGUGCUGGGCGACUGCGACGCGACACGUAUUCGGUACCUCGAGCUCUAUCUGCGCGAGUUCCACCACCCCGGGGACGUGAGCAACUUGCUCUUUUGGGUCGACGUCCAGACGACUUUUCUCCCUCUCGUGUCGCAGCCGGCGUCGUCCGCGUCGUCUUCGUUCUCGAUGGCUCGAUUCGAAGAGAUCCAAUCAACGGUCCGGCGCAUCUUCAAUGCCUACCUCGCCGACAACGCGACGAACCCAAGCGGCGCAACUGCCGGUGCCGUCUCCGAUGAUACGAAAAAGGACGUGCUCGCACGCAUUUUGCUGUACCAGGGCGAGCCGUUCUCGCCACCGCGAUAUGCGACGCUGUUCAAAGCUGCGCAGGAUCACGUGUGGAGGUGGCUCACGGCCAAGAUCAUGCCCAACUUUCAAAACUCGAUGCUGUAUAUUCAAUGGAUGGUCGAGGUCGAGCGCGUGCAGGCUGACCCGUACCUCCACAAGGCGUAUCAAGCCGUCGCGCCCGUUCAUCCCAUGCUCCACCAACCGUUCAAACAACCCAAGGGCACGCUGCUCAUCCCGUUGUCGUCGUCACUACCCAAGCACUCUGACGUCUCUAACCCCACCGUGCUUCCAACUCUUGAAGCCGACACCUCGGUCUUCGCCAGGACGUUCGCUUUGCCGCCGGGGAUUUUCGACCAAGUUCAAAUUUUCAUGCUCGCGCCAACGGAUGACCCGCACCGCAAAGCGUCUUCGUUUGCAGAUAUACACGACAACGACCUGCAUGUGGCAUUUCGUGCGUGUUGGACCCGUCAACAUAAACCCGCUCUCGAUGUUCAGGCGUUUUGCGUGGAUCCUCGACAGCCCGUGCUGCACGCGACGGCGGCGCCGCCACCAACCACCCACAGCUUUUUGCUUGCACGGCCGUCACCGGUUCAUGGUCUUUGCGUGACGCAGUGGCGCCCCGUUGCGCCGCCAUCGACGGCAUAUCUCCCGACGUGUACAACGUUCCUUUCUCGCACGUCGCUGUGGCAUCUUCGGGCCGACUUGAUCGCGGCAGCAUGCACAGUCUUGGAUCAGACCGAGGAGAACUGGACCGGUGCGACAUGGCAAGGAGCGGAUGUAUCGUCGGCAGCCGAAUCCCCGCUCCGCUUGGCGCCUCGCUUCAGAGCGUUUGUGGGAAUGCCCGUCUGGCCCAACGAUGCGCGCCAAGUCGACGUGGGUCGGUUGUUCCGCAACCUCCAGCUGCAAAACGCAGUCGCAGUUGUGACUGCGCUUCUCGUCGGCCAUCGUAUCUGGAUCGUGUCGAGCUCUCGGAGCGUCCUCCUCGAGUCGACGGAAGCGUUGAUGGCGCUCUUGACGCCAUUCGAGUGGCCGUUCACGUAUACGCCAUGCUGUCCGUCGCCGCCGACCAAAGUCGUGGAGAGCCCCCAUCCGUUCUGCAUCGCCGUCGAAGGGUCGAUUCAAAUCAAGAGGCAUCCGGAUGCCGCCACCCAUCGCAUCCGCACCAGUCUGUGCAACUUGACUCGCGUCCAUGCUGUGGUGCGAGAUGGCCGAGGCGUGUGCUUUGCCGACGUUGGGGCGCGCGCGGUCCUCGUGGACUUGGAUCAUGACGAGGUGUAUGUUCCGCUCAAGCACGACAUCCCAGAAGCACCACAGGGACUCGUCCGUGCGUUGGAACUGGCAUGGCGUGGAGUGCUGCAACCGCGACUAGUUCAUGCAGACCAAUGUCGGUUCAUGGAGACGACAACUCCUCCUGCCGCAACAGACGGAGUGUUGUUGGAAUCUCCUCACGACCAAGGGCUCAAGACGAGCGCGCUGACGUUUCUCGAGGCUCUCUUCGGUCGAGUCAUGGACUUUGUGCGGUCGUACCCCAACGACAUUGACCUGGGCCGACAUAAGCCUGCUAUUCCGCUGGAAGGUCCCGACGGUUCAACUUGCUCGCACUUCGCAGUGUUUGACGUGGAUGGAUUCUUGGCUGCACACAUGGAGCUCGGGUGCCGCGACUUCUUUCGCCAAGUUUUCGCCACAGAGAUGUUUGUCAACUACUUGAAGCGGCAGUUGCGACGGUUUCAAAUGUAG